GUCAAAAUGGGGUCGGGGCAGACUUGGAAGUGAGACUGUACGAAGGAACAUUUUUUGGUCCCCAUGAGGAAACAAGUUUAUAAAUCAUACAGAAUUCACUUUUGUGAAAAUGUAAAAGAGCAGACAGUUGUGUGUGAUUGUUAGAGUUAGGGGUAGGGAAUAUGAUAUACAGUUUGUACAGUUUAAAACAAUUGCGUCUAUGGAAUGUCCCCAUAAAACAUGGAAACCCAACAUGCGUGUGUGUGCUUGUGUGAGAGUGUGUGUGCGUGCGAUGCGAGGGAGGGAGUGAGUGAGUGAGUGCGUGUUAUGCCCCUUUCCAAGGAUCGCCACCUUGACGUGGUGGAAAGGCUUGUGUGUUCCAGUAAUCCCAAGAGUAAAUCAGUCUGGAGUGUUUCACUUCAGAUUGGCAUGUUUACGGGUGAGGUUCCAGACUAAGAGCGAUCCGAAUGGUUAUCAACAGAACAAGACAUACAAGUGAGAGAGUUGUGUGUGCUUGUGGGAUAGAUGGAUGGAUGGACGAACAGAGUAUGACUGAUAGAAUGAUUUUUAAGUUUAAAAGUCAAUAAAGUCUCGCCCUCGGGCUCUAGCCAGGGAAAGAUUGAUGUUUUUUUGAUGAAAGAUUAUGCGGCUAUUUGAAUAAAAAAAAUGACACUGAUAAAUCAUUUUUAAGAAACACUUCAAUAUUCAUACGAACAACAAUAGCAUUGUGAGUAAAAUUCAUUAUUUAAACGAAGCCUAAUUUAAAGUUGAAAAGUCACAUGACCUCUCAGAUCACUAAAGCAAUGCCCUGACAAGCAGCACUCGUGUUAUCUUCAGAUGAUGUAAAGGUCUAGUUAUACGUUGAUGUAUGUCAAAACAAGCCGCUGUUGUGUUGAUGGUGAUAGAACAUUUAAGGAGUUGAAUGGCCAGAGUUAUUAUUCAGCUAAUCUGCAUUUCCCCAACUGUGGAGUCAUCAGACACAAAAGACCUCUGACCUCCAGACCGGGCCCGGAGCCAAAUGUGGUCCUGACACAGACGUGUGUAUUGUCAGAUGUCAAGCUGUGCCUUGUCGUUCCUUCAGUGGGUGACGUGAUUCUGCGUGUGUGUGUGGGACGGGGCUCAUGCAUUUACAACUGUGCUGUAUGUUUACUGUACACACUACUGUAGAUUUGACUUUGCGGGAGCAGAAAUACUAUAUAUCAGAUCUGAUCUGGGUUUGAAUGCAUUAGUUCGGGAAGGUGUGAGUCUGAGUGAGUUGUGUUUAUAUCCUGUUCUACUGAGCAAAGGUCACCCCUCUGCUUUCACUUCGUGGUGUUGAACUCUGUAAGACAUGGAACUGACGUGUUAAACUCGUCUGUUUUUACUCCCCGAUCAGGUUAGACGGAGAAGGAGGCCAAGCCUCCCAAGUGUGCAGUGCGAACGUCUCGUAAUGUUUUCUCUCUCAACAGAUCGCUGUAUUGACAAACAAACUGCAGUUCCCAGAGAUGCCGUGGUGCAGGUGGGCCGGGAACUGGACGUCCCACCUCCAGACGCAGUCCGCAGGUGAAGAAGCUGAGGAUUGCUGUGACUAUCUGUUCAAGAUCGUUCUGAUCGGUGACAGCAACGUGGGAAAGACCUGCGUCGUCCACAGCUUCAGGUCUGGAGUCUUCAGUGAAGGCCAACACAACACCAUCGGCGUGGACUUCACCGUUCGCACCAUAGACAUUGAUGGCAAAAAAGUGAAGAUGCAGGUGUGGGACACGGCGGGACAGGAGCGUUUUCGAACCAUCACUCAAAGUUACUACAGAAGUGCCCACGGUGCCAUGAUCGCCUACGACCUCACCCGACGACCCACUUUCGACUCCCUUCCUGACUGGAUACAGGGCGUGGAGCAGUACGGAGCCGCCAAUGCCGUCUUUGUUCUGAUAGGGAAUAAGUGUGACCUGGAGUCUCAGCGGCAGGUGUUGUUCGAGGACGCGUGCACUCUAGCGGAGCAGAAAGCGGCGCUGGCGGCGCUGGAGACGUCCGCCAAACAUCACCACAACAUCGAGGAAGCCUUCGAACUGAUGGCUCGGGAACUCAUAGUGAGACACGGCGGCAUCGUCCAUCAGGACAACCAAUCAGAUUCACCCAUCGUUUUCUUACACUCCGAUUCUCAUCCAGUAGAUGAAGGGCGGCAUCCAGAGAAGAAGUCAUGUGACUGCUGAUGGACAAGUUAUAUUUCUGACGAGUCUGGUUUGAGAUCGCUGGAAAACAAGG